CUGCACUACGGGACCCUCCUGGGUAGCAGAGCUUGUGCCCACAUGGCAGCAGCUGCCUGGGCCACUGGCUUUCUCUAUUCUCUGCUGCACACAGCCAAUACAUUUUCCCUGCCCCUGUGCCAGGGCAAUGCCCUGGGCCAGUUCUUCUGUGAAAUCCCACACAUCCUCAAGCUCUCCUGCUCACACUCAGGCUACCGCAGGGAAAUUUGUUUUCUUGUGUUUAGUGCAUGUUUAGCAUUUGGUUGUUUCAUUUUCAUUGUGUUCUCCUAUGUGCAGAUCUUCAGGGCUGUGCUGAGGAUCCCCUCUCAGCAGGGACGGCACAAAGCCUUUUCUACGUGCCUCCCUCACCUGGCUGUGGUCUCCCUGUCCCUCAGCACUGGCAUAGUUGAACACCUGAAGCCCCUUUUUAUUUCCUCCCCAUCUCUAGAUCUGAUUGUGUCAGUUCUGUACUCGGUGGUGCCUCCAGAUGUGCCCAACACAACGCCCUGCAGAGGAAACCAGCAGUGA